UCCCUGUCGCACACCGGCGCUGGCUGCCACACGCCCGGGGCUCGCCAGCCCCCGGCUGCACCGGAGCCCACCGCAGCUCCAGCGCCGCUGCCGCUGCCAAUGCCACCGGCGCAGGGCGCGGGGCACAGCUGGGAUCUUUGGGAGAGGGCAGCAAGAUUCCUUGCCCACCGUCGGCACCCCCUUGCCCACCCCGGGCUGUUGUCGCCCCCAUGGCAUGUGGCAUCGCCUCGUAGCGCGGUGGCUUGGCGGCACGGGGCUGGCCGUGCCCACCGCUGUGCCAUGGUGGGAGCCGGGAGCUGGCGCUGAGCUGGGAGGGCCCUUGGCAUCAUGCUGAAGUUUCGGGCGGACCGACGGGCGAGCCACAAUGAAAGGCGGAACACAUUCCUGCACCCAGUGACCGGACAGGUCCCCGAGGACAGCGCAAGGCUUGACUUGCAAAAAGCCACCUUGGACAUGUCCAGCAAGGCGGGCAGCAAGCGGCCGGCGACCACCAGCAGCGAGCCCUCCAACCGCACCAUGGUGGCAGAGGUGCCCCCGGAGCGCCCCGCAGCCCGGGUGGGUGCCCGCAGCAGCCGCGCAGCAGGGCAGACAGCAGCGGAGAUGGGGCCUCGGGGCGCCCCCCGCCGGGGACUGAGCGGCUCCUCUCCCCCACUGCAGGCUUCGCGCUCCUCCCGCAAGGGCAUCGCCUUCGGGAAGCGCUCCAACUCCAUGAAGAGGAACCCCAGCGCUGCUGUCACCAAGAGUGGGUGGCUCUACAAGCAGGCCAGCUCGGGGGUGAAGCAGUGGAACAAGCGCUGGUUCGUGCUGGUGGAUCGCUGCCUCUUCUACUACAAAGAUGAGAAGGAGGAGAGCAUCCUGGGCAGCAUCCCCCUGCUCAGCUUCCGUGUGGCAGCCGUGCAGCCCUCGGACAACAUCAGCAGGAAGCACACGUUCAAGGUGACAGUGUGCUGGGUGGAGGAGCUGCCAGCGAGUAACCAGCAGUCCCUGUCUCCCCAGGCCGAGCACGCUGGCAUCAGGACCUACUUCUUCAGCGCCGAGAACACGGAGGAGCAGGAGUCCUGGAUCCAAGCCAUGGGCGAAGCUGCCCGGGUCCAGAUCCCCCCCACCCAGAGGCACGAGAAGCCAGACUCGGAGAACAUCCCCCCCAGCAAGCACCACCACCAGCACCACCACUGCAACGCCUCCCACCGCGACCACCCCAAAGCCGACCCCGACGCCAAGACCCGGGGGGAAGGCGACGGCCGCGGCUCGGAGAAGCCCGAGAGGAAAACGGAGAGGACGGAGGGCAAGAAGGAGCCCUUGGCCAAAGCCAACGGCAUCGGCGGGCAGGAGAUGCCCUCGGAGCCCGGCAGCCCUUACCCCGAGGCAGGGCGGGCGGCGGGCAGCGCGGAGCGGCCGCCGCAGCCCAACGGCUGGCCCUGCUCCUCCCCCGGCCGGCCCGGCAGCACCGCCUGCCCCCCGCCCGACGGCGACAGCCUGAGCCAGCGCCGCAGCUGCGCCCCCCGCACCCACCCCGAGAGGCUGGCGCAGCGCAAGAGCUCCAUGAGCCAGCUGCAGCAGUGGGUGAACUCCCGCCGAGGGGCUGUGCCCCACGACGAGCUGCGCAGCCCGACCAGGCUGUACCCCGUGUCUCGCCGGGUGCCCGACUACUACUCCCCCUACUCACCCCAGUACCCUGAGGACUACCAGUACUACCCUCCCGGGGUGCGCCCGGACAGCAUCUGCUCCAUGCCAGCCUUCGAGCGGGUGAGCCCUGCCUGGGCACUGGAGGACAAGCGCCACUCCUUCCGCAACGGGGGCACCUACCAGCUGCGAGACUGGAAGGAGCCCCCCGGCUUUGGCCGGCAGGACGUCCCCCUCUGGCUGCCCGCCCCCGGGAGGCCACCAAGCUACCUGGAGGAGGUGGACGCUGCCUCGGGCUCCCUCCGGCGGCUGUCGCUGCAGCCGCGCUCCCGCUCCGUGCCGCGCUCGCCCAGCCAGGGCUCCUACGGCCGGGCGCGGCUCUACUCCCCGGUGCGCUCGCCCAGCGCCCGCUUCGAGCGCCUGCCGCCCCGGGGCGACGAGAUUUACGCCGACCCCACCGCCUUCAUGAUGAGGAGGUCCAUCAGCUCCCCAAAGUAUGACUACCUGGGGGACAGACGGCCGGUGCCCGUGGGGAUGUACCCCUACCACUACCCAGCAUCUCCCACCGUGCAUGACAAGAUGGAUGAACUUUUAGACCUUCAGUUGCAAAGAAACCUAGAGUAUUUGGACCAGCAGAUGAGUGAGAGCGAAACCCUGAUCAGUAUGGUCAACAGGAUGGUGGAGACCUCCUCCCCUAGGGCUCAGCUCUACAUGCAAGUGACUCCCUUCCCAGAGGCCUACAGGGAGACUCUGCACACCUACAAGAUAAGCGAGCAGGACACUGAUAAGCUGCUGGGGAAGCUCUGUGAGCAGAACAAGGUGCUGCGGGAGCAGGAGAGGCUGGUGCAGCAGCUCCGGGCAGAGAAGGAGAGCCUGGAGAGUGCACUGAUGGGGACACACCAGGAGCUGGAGAUGUUUGGGAGCCAACCUGCAUACCCAGAGAAGCUGCUGCACAAGAAGGAGUCUCUGCAGAACCAGCUGAUCAACAUCCGUGUGGAGCUGUCCCAGGCCAGCACGGCCCUGGCCAACAGCACUGCUGAGUACGAGAGCCUGGAGAGCGAAGUGUCCGCCCUGCACGACGACCUCUGGGAGCAGCUGAACCUGGACAUCCAGAACGAGAUGCUCAACAGGCAGAUCCAGAAGGAGAUCUGGAGGAUCCAGGACGUGAUGGAGGGGCUGAGGAAGAACAACCCCUCCCGUGGCACAGACACUGCCAAGCACAGAGUGGCCAUCGGCCCCUCGGGGACCUUCAGCUCCAACAGCCCUGCCAGCCCCCUGAGCUCAGCCAGCCUCACCAGCCCCCUCAGCCCCUUCUCCCUCGUCUCUGGCUCCCAGGGCUCGCCCACCAAGCCAGGACCUGGUGAGGAACCAGGCCCGCCUCGACCUCCCCUCCCCAAGUCCUACGUCCCCCUGGAGCCUCCUCCGACCGUUCCUCCGCUCCCCGGCGAGAGCCGGCUCUGGCCGUACCCUACCUCCCCCUCCUGGCAGCAAGGCAGCGAGGCGAAGAGGGGACAGCCCAAGCCCAGCUUUGAGCAGAGCAAGAAAGAGGCUCAGCGAGCAGCCCCCCCUGGGCUGGCACUCGAGGGGCUCCCCCAGAGCCAGCAGGAGGCGGAGAAGCAGGCGGCGCUCAACAAGGUGGGCAUCGUGCCCCCCAGGACCAAAUCUCCAGCAGAGGAGGAGGUGGUGCCCGCAGCUGGCGUGCCCAGGAGGGGCACCAAUGGCCUGGCCAACGGGCUGGGCUCUCGGCCCCCUGGCGGCAGGUUGUGGUGCUGGGUGGAUGGGAGCAUGACCAGGGGGCCGGGGUCUCCUCAGGAGAGACCAAAGAGUGCUGUGUUUGCCAACGAGACGAAGGUGAAGAUGAGUGUGGAGGAGCAGCUGGACCGCAUGAAGCGGCACCAGAGCAGCUCCAUGAAGGAGAAGCGACGCAGCCUGCAGCUCCCCAGCAGCCAGCAGCCCGAGACCCCCAGCACCAAGGCACCCACAGCCUACAAGGUGGUGCGCCGGCACCGCAGCAUCCACGAGGUGGACAUCUCUGACCUGGAGGCCGCUCUGCGCUCUGACGACCCCAGCAAGGUGCAGGAGACCCCCCAGGAGGAGAUCGCUCGGCUGCGCAAGAUGGAGCUGGAGCCCCAGCACUACGAGCUGGACAUCAACAAGGAGCUCUCCACGCCAGACAAGGUCCUCAUCCCGGAGCGCUACGUGGAGCUGGAGCCUGACACCCCCCUCAGCCCCGAGGAGAUGAAGGAGAAGCAGAAGAAGGUGGAAAGGAUCAAGACCCUCAUUGCCAAAUCCAGCCUGCAGAACGUCAUCCCCCUGGGUGAGGGGGAGGUGGAUGCCCCCCAGGACCCCGAGAGCCAGCUGCAGGAGCAGGAGAAGAGGAUUGAGAUCUCCUGCGCCCUGGCGGCAGAGGCCUCGCGCCGCGGCCGCAUGCUCUCGGCUCAGUGUGCUACCCCCAGCCCUCCCACCUCCCCAGCCUCCCCGACUCCACCGACCAACCCCCUGGCGUCCGAGCCGCCCCGGGGCGCCGACAGCAGCCACUUUAUGCGUGUCUGAGCCGUGAACUCAAGCCCUGGCUGCUGCUGGUGCCAUCAAGUUCCAUGGGGCCACGUUUUAGGACCCCAACACAACACUGAGCCUCUUGCCAUCGAUUUUUGGUUCUCCUUGGACCCCCUUCCCUGGCACUGGUGGUGAGGCCACGUGGCCUGGCAUCACCAACAGCACCCCGAGGAGAUGUGUGGGUGCUGGGAGGCUGCCUGCUGGAACGAGGUCCCCGAGGAGCCCCCAGGCUGCCAGCCAGGACAGGGACAGCUCCAUGGCGUCCUGGGCAUCAGGAUUUCGUGGAGGGCUGAGCAGGGCCAGCAGCAGCACGGUGCCCACCUCACUGCUGGGGCAGCCCUGGGCAAAUGUAGGACUCCCUGGGCUCCCCAUGCUGAUGUGUUGGUCUCCCAGAGGUCUGUGAAAGGGAUUCUCCUGGCUGGAGAGCAGCCAGUCCCCACCACGGAUGGUGCUUCCACCUGACACUGGACCUGGAUGUGCCAUCUCUGCUCCACGGGCACCUCCUCCCUUCCCUGUGCCCUGAACCUGCUUUUGGCAUC